UUAGACCUUGACCAGGUUAAACAGCCAUCGUCUCCACCGCCGUACUCAUUACAUGACCUAAAUCUACCCAGUAAUACCCUGACAUCAGGUAGAGGACGGGACAAUGAUGGGCGUAGAACAAUAAGAGGUGUUCAAACUCAGCGUCCUUCCAUGUUCACACCAGAGAACUUCACACGGUCAACACCAGAAAGAGUUUUUGUAGCAGCGAUAGACAUUGGAACUACAUUUUCUGGAUAUGCGUUUUCUUUUCGUCAUGAUUAUCUGGUUGACAAACUUAAGAUAUCCACGAACAUGUGGGCACAUAAUAGUGGUCUAUCAGCAAAGGCGCCAUCUGCUAUUUUGAUCGGCCCAGGAAAACAGGUCGUAGCAUUUGGAUAUGAAGCCCAGCUAAUGUAUGCCAAUCUGGUUGAAAAUUCGCGUGAAAGUGAUUACUUUUACUUUAAUAAGUUUAAACUUAUCUUAUAUAAUAAACAGGAUCUUAACUACAAAACCAGAAUACCCGACAUACACGGGAAAGAUAUGUAUGCCAUUGACGUUUUUGGUUUAGUUACCAGUUACUUAAAGAACCACCUUCUUGAUCGAUUGAAAGGCCACGACAGUUCGUCAAUUGUUGGAGAAGAUAUGAUACAUUGGGUUUUAACAGUGCCUGCUAUAUGGAGUGACAAAGCAAAACAGUUUAUGAGAAAAGCAGCCGCAGAAGCUAGUAUUCCGAGUAAAAGUCUUACUCUUGCCCUGGAGCCUGAAGCAGCGUCUCUAUUCUGUAAAACAUUCCAGCAUGCCGUACACGGAAAUUCACAAGCCGCUAUACGGAAAGGAAGCAAAUAUCUGUUGAUUGAUCUUGGAGGUGGAACAGUUGAUAUAACGGCACAUAAAGUACACAAUGAUGGCACUCUACAAGAACUGUAUCAAGCCACCGGAGGUAGAUGGGGAGGCACGACUGUUGAUAGCGAGUUCCAGCUUUUUUUGUUUAGGCUCUUUGGUCAACAAGUAAUGGAAAAAGCAUAUAGAAAAUAUCCUAAUGAAAUGUUGGAACUAUCGUUGGAUUUUGAAGUAAAAAAGCGAGUUUUUGAACCAAAACAGACAUUAGCUGUUGCACUUAAAAUUCCCGUUUGUCUACAUGAACUAUUUUAUGAAAUAAAUUCAAUGACUAUUGCGGAAAGUGUUCAAAAUUCAACUAUGAAACAUACAGUGGAACUGAAAAGAGACAAAAUGAUGAUAGUACCAAAACAAUUUUACACCUUCUUUGAUAGCUCACUGUCAUGUAUUGUAAAUCAUAUCCAUGGUCUGCUUCAUAAACAGGAUCUUUUAGACAUUAAAACAAUCUUGUUAGUUGGUGGGUUUUCUGAAUCCCAUGUUGUAAAAGAAGCAAUGCGGUUGAACUUUCCAGAUAUGCGCAUUGUGAAUCCGGAUGAUUGUUCUCUUAGUGUUCUUAAAGGUGCUGUUUUAUUUGGCCAUGAUCCUCAAGCUAUAUCUUCAAGAAUUUGUAGGUAUACAUACGGUAUUGCGAUUACAGUACCGUACGUUCCAGGUGUUCAUCCGGUGAGAAAAAGACAAAUAAUUAAAGGAAAUGCUAUAUGUGAUGAUAUAUUUGACAUUCAUUUGCAAAUUGGUGAAAAGGCCGAAAUAGGAAAACCACGAAAAGAAGCUGUGUAUCAAGCUGUACAAGGCGAAAGAUUGGCGAUUCUGGAGGUGUUUGCAUCAACUGAUCCCAAACCUCACUUUGUAACUGAAGACACUUGUUUUGAAUUAGGAUCAUUAGUUAUUAAUCUGACAGAUUUUAAUAGAAAUGAAAACAAAGUAAACGUAACUCUUCAUUACAAUGGAACUGAAUUAGAUGUUGUAGCGAGAGAAGUGAGUACUGGCAAAUACAUGACGGCAACGCUAGAUUUUCUAGGCUAAUUAAUUAUAAAGUAAUAAACAUAUAGUACAACGUUGAUGUA